AUGAGACGAAACGAAGAUGAUUUCGAUAAUCCAUCAAAACGAACACGCAUAAAUCGAGAUGAUUCGCCAGAUCGUUAUAGACGUUCAUCAUCCCUCGUCAUGGAUUUACCAAAUUUAUCAACUGCUUCAAAAUCACGUCUUACAUCUCGUGCAAAAUCACUGCGUCCUGUUAUUCGUUCAGCUAUACCGGAGACACACAAUUUAACGUUGGCGAAAAGACCAGAUGCCGGUGGAAAAGCUGGUCAAGCGGUUCAAUUUCAUGUAAAUCAUUUUAAAUGUACAUUACCUAAGCAGCUGUUAGUGAAUCAAUAUGAUAUGGACGUUGAAUUUAAAAUGCGUGAUGAUUCAUGGCGUUCAGCGAAGAAAGAAGAUCGCUUUGCGGUGAUGCAAAAAAUUAUUGAACGUGAGAAGUUUCCAUUCGUUUGGUAUGAUGAUGGAAAAAAUUUGUAUUCAUUAGAAAGUUUAACAGCCAUUUUGAACAAAUCGUACGAAAUUGUAAUGAAAAAUAAGCAUAAUGACAAAACUAAUACAUACCAAUUCAUCCUAUUAAAUUUGGUGAAAACGUAUUCGAUUUCGGACAUAUGGGAUUUUAUUGAAAAACGUUCACCGAUCAAGCCACAUGACCCUGUUCGUGUUUUGGAAACGUUAUUAAAACAACAACAAAAAUGUCAAAUGAUUAGUGUCAAAAAUCAAUUUUAUGAUAGAAAUCAACGUUUGGACGAUUUGGGUGAUGGUCGUGGAUUGGCACAGGGAUUUUAUCAAGCAAUGUUUUUGACACAAUGCGGUCCCACAUUAAAUAUCAAUGCAACAUUUACGUGUUUCUAUCAUGGAAUGGAUCUUGUUCGUUUUGUGAGCGAUUAUUUACAACAAGAUAUAACUAAACGUGGAAUCCCUGAACGAGAACAACAGCUGUUAAUUAAAAAAAUCUUAAAACCAAUCUGGGUUGAAACACGUCAUACAGGCCCGAUCCGAAAAUAUCGAAUUAAAGGCUUUGGUCAAUCAUCAAAUCGUCAUACAUUUCCCAAAGAUCGUAAAGAUGAAAAUGAUCCUCAUGCUGAUAGUGAGCGUAUUUCUGUCGCUGAUUAUUUCAAAACAAAAUAUGAUACACGCUUACGUUAUCCAGAUUUGCCAACAGUCGAAUUGUAUAAUUUGGGAAAUAAAGCACAAAGUCAUUUUCUGCCGAUGGAAUUAUGUACUGUACAAGAAUGGCAACGAUCAAUGAAGCCUUUAACAACAGAACAACGUUCAAGAGUUACAAAAAAGACGGUUAUUCGUCCGGAUCGUCGAUAUGAUACAAUUAUGCGUGUUGUUCAGGAUCGCCGAUUUGACGAUGAUGUUUAUUUGAAACAAAUUGGAAUGCAAGUCGAGCAUCGAGGCAAGCUUGAAAAGGAUUACAUGAUGCAAAUACCGGCGAGAGUAUUGCCAGCCCCAGAUAUUAAAUAUCGUUCAGCGCGUGAUAAUAGCGACGCAGUCGAACGUGUGAAUUUUGGUAAAUGGAAUUUACGAAAUCGUCUAACAAAAACACGAGAAAUUAAAUCCUGGGCUUGUAUACUCGUAUCUCAAAGAGAACCACAAAAUCGUGAAAUGGAUGUAGCAGCACAAUUUGCACAACGCUUUCCACAAAUAAUUGAAAAAUUUGGAGUUCGAUUCCUAUCGGCUGCAAUACAAAAAUCUGACCCAGCUGUACCAAAUGUGAUAUUACGUCGUUUAGAAGAAUUGAAAGAACGAAAAUGUGAAGUUGUUGUGUUUAUUCUCAAUAAUUGUGGUGAAGAUAUUUAUAAAGCUAUCAAAUAUUUUGGAAACCAAAAACUCGGUAUUGUUACACAAUGUACGUCUUUUCCAGCUAUUCAAAAAAAUAUUGGAAAACUUGAUAUGUAUUUGAAUAAUUUGGUACAAAAAUUCAAUGCAAAAUUAGGCGGUAUGAAUCAAGUAGUUGCAUUAACACGUGCAUUAACAUCGGCAAAUACACGAGAUGAUGUAUUUAUGUUCUUUGGUGCUGAUGUUACACAUAUCACAUGUUCACGUGAAAAACCAAGUGUGGCAGCCGUCCUUGGUAGUCGAGACUCAACAAGUACACAAUAUGCAUGUCGUAUUGUUGAACAAUUUCCAUCAAAAGGAAAAAUUGCUCUCGAAAUUAUCAAAGAUUUAUAUGGAAUUGCCACCGAUUUGCUGAAAAUAUUUGCCACAUCAAAUGGGCGUUUACCUACAAAAAUCGUUUUCUAUCGUAAUGGCGUCGAUGAUGGUCAUUUUCAUAAAGUGUUGGACAAUGAAGUUCGAGCAUUGAAAAAUGCCUGUAAAGCACUAUAUGGUCAUAAUCCGCCACCAAAAAUUACAUUUAUUGCGAUUAGAAAACGUCAUAAUACGAGAUUUUUUGUCUAUGAUGCACGUCAAAAUCGAACCGAUAAUGUUCAACCUGGUACUGUUGUCGAUUCAACAGUAACUCAUCCUACACAAUUUGAUUUCUUCCUAAAUUCACACGCUGCUAUUCAAGGUACUAGUCGUCCGGUACUUUAUCAUGUUUUAUACGAUGAAAUUGGAUUCAGCAGCGAUGAAAUUCAGCAAUUGACGUACUAUUUGUGUCAUACAGAUGUUCGUUGUACCAAAUCCGUGUCUGUUCCAGUUCAUUAUGCUCAACUAGCAAUGUAUCGUUCACAUGAUUCAGAUUAUGAAGCCAGUCGUAGCAGCGUUGGAGGUGAUUCAGAUAUGGUCGAUGAAAUAGAUGAAAAUGUUACUGUAUCGUUGGAGGAUGUUCAAACAAAAAUAAUGCAAUUUGAUCCAUCGAUACAGGACACAAUGUGGUAUGUCUAA